UUUCAAACAGUCGCUGCAUCGUUAUUCUUGGCGCGGGCAAUUACUUAUCUUCGAAUCUUUGUUUAAGCUGAGCGCAGUGGACAACCUCUUGUUUACAGCCUGCACAUUGGCUUCUUUAUAUAUAUUCUUGCUCCAAGCAAGCAGUCCGACUCGCUUUCACCCAAUCCUUAGUCACCUGGCGGCUGCGUCUCCAAUCUCGCCCUUCUCUCUGCAUAAGCUAUGAAUCUCUUUAGACGAGCACAAGCUACAAAGACAGCUCCUAAGGAUGCCAUCGUUCGAUUGCGCGAAAGUCUGGAAAUGCUAGAGAAGCGGGAGAAGUACCUGCAGACUAAGAUUGAUAACGAACUCAAGAUUGCGAAAGCAAAUGUAUCGAAAAAUAAGCGGGUGGCUCUCACAGCGUUAAAGCGCAAAAAAGCAUAUGAGGACCAAAUUUCCAAAAUAAUGGGCUCGCGCAUGACACUUGAGCAACAAGUGAUGGCCAUCGAAAAUGCAAACGUUAACCUCGAAACGAUGAAUGCAAUGAAGGCAGGAGCGGACGCAAUGAAGCAAAUUCACGGGCAUCUGGAUAUAAACAAGGUCGAUGCAACCAUGGAUGAUAUACGCGAACAAAUGGACCUGGCUAAUGAGAUCAGCGAAGCGAUCUCGCAACCAGUCAACUUUGGUGUAGAGUUUGAUGAGGAAGAGUUGAAUGAGGAACUCGAGCUGCUAGAACAGGAGGAUUUGGAUGCAAGAUUGCUAGAUACAGCUGGCGUGGGUGUAGAUCUUGGACAGGUGGAGGCCGCACCCGCUGUCCCGAAGAUUGCUGUACCUGCGAUUGCUCAACCCCCGCGUCCAACCAGAGCGCAACCUGUCCAGAGCGAGGAAGAUGCAGAGUUGGAGGAGCUGCGGGCGGCGAUGGCUCUAUAGAUGGGAUCAUUAUUGUGCAGUAUAAGAUUGAUAUGUAUUGAUUAAACAUCAUGGAAUUUGGCAGUGAGUAGUGAGUGUAUCAUCUUGAGGUGGUAACGAUGGUAUAAUAUGCCAUGACAUUGAACAGCUAAAGGCCGAAAACUGAGUUUUGCCCCAUGUUCAGCCACGGUCACGGUCAAGUGUUUUAGUGGAUUAAACGCUAGAAAUUAGAUUCGUAUCAAACUAUUCAACAAGGCUCUACGCUAGUUGUCCUUCUUCAAAUCA